AAUAAAUUUUCCCCAAAAUUUUGCAAUUUUAGCCGCCAACUGCAACACAUCUACCUACCAUCACCCGCCACAAAUAGAACACAUCCGACGGAUUUAGAAACACAACAACAAAAUGUCCGAUACAAACAGUGAAACAUCGCCGGUGACGCAAACCCAGCCCCCACAGAAUGGCAAAGAACGUUCAAAAUCAACAGAGGAAAAGGAAAUUCCUCGGGAGCCCGCCCUAACCUGCAAAGACAUUAAUAUUAAGACUGAAUUGGAAUGCCUGGUCAAACUGCUGGAUGGCAAAAUCAACAAAGACGAAGAGGUGGCGAUCGAAGAAUUACAUCAGUAUUUGAUUGAGGAUGAGGGUUCCUGGGCAUUGGGUGAUAAUUUUCUGGUUUUUGUACAGCGUGUGCUGCGCGAACAGACCUUCUCGCCCGAUACCCGGAUACACAUGAUUCGCACCUUGGCCUAUGCAGCACUGAAGGAUGAUGUCAUCAUUAUUUUGCAUCAGGAUCGUCGUGAUCAUACCUUGAUGAAUUUCGGCUAUGACAUUGAGAAGCACACACCCGAAGAGCAACAGGCCUGGGCUAUGUUUAUGUGCAAUCUUUUCGAACACGUCAGUCCCUCAGAAUGGUUGCUGUACAUUUCCGAAUGGGAGUACAUGGGUCAGACAAUUUCAAAUAUACGCGUCACCACCAAAGUAGCUGUCCACUGUAUACUUUCGAAUUGUCCGGCGUUGAAAAAUACCGGUACCAUGAUGCUGUACAAUAUUGCCAUCAAGGAGGUCAAGACUGUGGUAUUUGACGAUGUUGCCAUCGAAUUGGCCAUGGCCAUUUUACAGUUCUUCCAAAGCAGCCCCAAUGAGGAUCAAAUUUUCCGUGCCUGCAAGGCUUUGGUUAGAUUUUUGGAGGUUUCACCCGAUGUUGCUGCUAUUAUUCAAAUGAUUGGACCACAUCCAAAACAAUUUUCUGGUAAAAGUGAACGUGUCGAUGACCUCAUUAAAAUUAUCAGCCGUAAAGUGCCUGCCUAAGAUGGAGGUGGAGCAGGAGAAGGAAAACAAGGUGGCCACCUGGCAAAGACACCAUCGUAACAGCAUCACAAAAACACACAAAUCCCCACCUACAAAAAUCGUAUCCAAUCAAUGGAGAAUGCAUAUCCAUAUUGAAACAUUUAGUAAACACCCCACCACCCAUCCACCAUGCACAAAGAAGCGAAUCAAAUCAAAUCGUUUAUAUUAUUAAUUAUUAUAAGUUUAAUGAUGAUUUAUUAAUUAUUCAAAAUACAUUUUUUUAUAUAGAAAAAAAUA